AUGAUGUCGCUCUUUACCGAAUCCGGAGAUAGUCGUGAAGCUACGAGUCCGCAGUCCAAAAUUGAUCGAGCCGGAAGCCGUGCUGGAAUCGAUUCUGCCCAUGGGAGCGGCCAUCGCCAUGCCGACCGGCAUGAAGGUCCUCGUCAUCCCUUUGAAGUCUCUUCAGCAUCAGACCUUGUCAAAACUGCGCGAGCUCGGAGUGACAGCAUCGAUCUAGGACUCGAUCUUGUUCCCGAAGCAAUCGGUGACGCCCAGCGUCAUGAUCGUGUCGCCGGAGCACCUGACCGGAUCCGAAUGGACGUCGUCUCUCUGCGAGCCCUGCCACACUGGACGACGCUGUUUUACUGGCCAUCCCAGUAA